AUGAGGCUGCACUGCGAGGCGGAGGUGGUCAGUCGGCACUUGCCGGCCUUGGGGUUGAGGAACCGGGGCAAGGGCGUGCGCGCGCUGUUGAGCCUCUGCCAGCAGGCGCCCCGAAGCCCCCCGCGGCCUCCGGCCGGGCGAGCGGGAGCCCCGCGGCCCGCCUGCCUGCUCGUCGCCACCCUGAAGGACAAGCGCGGGACCCGCUACGAGCAGCUAAAGGGGAACAUUGAGCAAUUCUUCACCAAAUUUGUGGAUGAGGGGAAAGCCACUGUUCGGUUAAAGGAACCUGCUGUGGAUAUCUGCCUAAGUAAGGCCAAUUCCAGCAGUUUAAAGAGUUUCCUUUCAGCUCUGAGACUGGCUCAUAGAGGCUGUGAUGUUGAGACACAAUUUUCACCCCUCACACCAGUGAAGACUUCAGAAUUUGAAAAUUUUAAAACUAAAAUGGUCAUCACAUCCAAAAAGCACUAUCCUCUAAGCAAAAACUUUCCAUAUUAUCUGGAACAUCUUCAGACUUCUUAUUGUGGGCUUGUCCGAGUUGAUAUGCGUAUGCUUUGCUUAAAAAACCUUAAGAAAUUAGACUUGAGUCACAAUCAUAUAAAAAAGCUUCCAGCUACAGUUGGAGACCUCAUUCACCUUCAAGAACUUAACCUGAAUGACAAUCACUUGGAGUCAUUUAGUGUGGCAUUGUGUCAAUCUACACUCCAGAAAUCACUUCGGAGUUUGGAUCUGAGCAAGAACAAAAUUAAGGCACUACCUGUGCAAUUUUGCCAGCUCCGAGAACUUACAGAUUUAAAACUUGAUGAUAAUGAAUUGCUUCAAUUUCCUAUGAAGAUAGGACAAUUGAUAAACCUGCGAUUUUUGUCAGCAGCUCGAAAUAAGCUUUCAUUUUUGCCUAGUGAAUUUAAAAAUUUGUCCCUUGAGUACUUGGAUCUUUUUGGAAAUUCUUUUGAACAGCCAAAAGCUCUUCCAGUUAUAAUGCUGCAAACACCAUUAACUUUAUUGGAAUCUUCUGCACGAACCAUAUUACAUAAUAGGAUUCCAUAUGGCUCUCAUAUUAUUCCUUUCCAUCUUUGCCAAGAUUUGGAUACUGCAAAAACCUGUGUCUGUGGAGGAUUCUGUCUGAACAGUUUUAUUCAGGGAAUGACUACCAUGAAUCUACACUCCGUUGCUCACACUGUGGUCUUAGUAGAUAAUAUGGGUGGCACUGAAGCACCGAUUAUUUCUUAUUUCUGUUCUCUGUCAUGUUAUGCAAAUUCCUGUGAAAUGCUAAGGUAA